AUGGGUCAACUAAUAGGCAAGGUUUUUAAACAAACCUAUUAUGAAGAAGACGAUGAAAUCCCUACGAGUGAAUCUCAAACUUCCACACUGCGGGCUUUGUCUUCAUUAUUUAUUUUGUUUAUAGUAUAUAUUUUAAACCAAGCCGAUAGACAACUAUUACCAGCUGUUAUUCCUGCUGGUCUGGCCUGUGCAUCUGAAAAUGAAUCUCAAAGUUGUGAACCAGAUUGGAAUACGUCUGACUGGAUGUUCUCCCCACACUGUGACCCUAACGACUGCAUAAAAAUAAACACAAUACAGCAUGGCGUGUUAACUGGAGCAGCAUUUGUAUUGUCCUACACUAUCAGUGGUAUUCCUAUUGGAAGAAUUGCAGAUUUAAGCUCUAGAACAAAAGUGUUAGGAAUUGGGAUGUUUUUCUGGUCUGCUAUGGUGCUAUUAACAGGUCUAGCCAAAGAUUACUGGCUCAUAUUGUUAGCCAGGGUUGGUGUAGGUAUAGGACAGGCGUCCUGUAAUCCCACAUCUUAUGCAAUGAUAUCAGAUUUUUUCUAUGUCAAUCGAGCAAAAGCAUUGGCAUUUUAUCACUCAGGACUUUACAUUGGUAGUGCCAUUGGUUAUGCUGCAGCAGCAGCCAAUGAUGUUAUUUGCUGGAGAUGGCCAUUCUUUAUUUUGGCAUUUCUUGGUUUUUUAACAGUUAUGCUUGUAGUACUCUUUAUCAGGGAUCCACAACCAGAGGAGAGAAUUUUACCAGAACCAGUGCCUAAUUCUUUAAAGGAAACAGUACAUCAGCUUUUCAAAUCAAAACCUUUUCUUGUGAUUUGUCUUGCGUCAUCUGUACGUCAGAUAGCAGGAUAUGCCCUUGCUUCUUGGUUAUCAACAUAUUAUGCUAGACGAUAUCACAUACAGCCUUUCAAAUACAAUGGUACCCUGGCACUUAUUGUUCUUUUUGGUGGAGGAUUUGGGACUUUACUUGGAGGAGUUACUGCUGAUAGGUAG